GGGUCAAAUCUGAGCGGGGGCGUCCCUGCCCCCCACAUCCCCCAGCCCCGGGCGGCUCCCCCGACCCACACCGGAGCCCCCCGGGCGCGCCGGGCUCGCCGCUGCCGGGGAACGCCCGCUGCGGUCCCCUUGACCCUGCCCGGUAACUGACCCUUGGGGGAAAGAAAAAAAAAAGCCCCCCGCACGGCUACUGCGCAUGCUCUGAGCUGGACAGCUCCGGAGAGGGAAAUUUAAAAACGGUUCGAGCUGCGACGGCGGCCAAAUUGCAGAACGCGAGGGGCGAGCGCCAGGGAGGCCCCCUCCGGAACCCCGCGCGCCCGCCACCGCCGGCUGCAGGAGAUGAUAGGAAGUGACAUCUCAUCCAUGAUGUCGGGACUCAUCCGAAACUCGGGGCAAAGCCACCACCCCUCUCCGCAGGAAUACAGGCUCCUGGCUUCCACCAGCAAUGAAGACCUCCCUGGGGACCUGCAGUCCCUGUCGUGGCUCACGGCCGUGGACGUGCCUCGGCUGCAGCAAAUGGUAAACAGCCGCGUGGACCUGGGCGGCCCCAGGGCGCCACAUCCACACACAGGUGCCCCGGCCGGGGCUGCUGACCUGCACGUGGGACCUACCCCAGGGCCCCUGCUCCCUGGUCCAGCCGGCAUGGCCCCCCGGAGCUUGCUGGGCCUGGGCCCCGUAGCCAGCCAUGGAGUCAGUCAGAUGAGCCAGUUCUCAGUGGGUGGCCAGCCCUCACCUCGCUUGCAGGACACGUCCCAGCUGUACCCACCGGCCACCCAGCCACCAUUCCCUCUCCCUCCAGGCGCCCAGCAGUGCCCUCCUGCCGGCCUCUAUGGCUCCCCAUUUGGGGCACGGCCCCCCUACCCCCAGCCCCACAUGGCUGUGCUCCCAUCUCAGGAACUCCGUCCCAAGCACUACCCCAAGCCCAUCUACUCAUACAGCUGCCUCAUCGCCAUGGCCCUGAAGAACAGCAAGACAGGCAGCCUGCCCGUGAGCGAGAUCUACAGCUUCAUGAAGGAGCACUUCCCCUACUUCAAGACGGCACCCGACGGCUGGAAGAACUCGGUGCGUCACAACCUGUCCCUGAACAAGUGCUUUGAGAAGGUGGAGAACAAGGCGGGCGGCUCCUCGCGCAAGGGCUGCCUGUGGGCCCUGAACCUGGCCCGCAUCGACAAGAUGGAGGAGGAGCUACACAAGUGCAAGAGGAAGGACCUGGCCGCCAUCCGCCGCAGCAUGGCCAACCCUGAGGAACUGGACAAGCUGAUCUCCGACCGACCUGAAAGCUGCCGGCGCCCUGGCAAACCCGGAGAGCCGGAGCCCCCUGGCCUGCUGCGCCCUGCCACGGCGACCAUGGCCCACGGCUGCCUGGCUGUCUCCCAGCUCCCUCCCCAGCCGCUCAGGACCCUGUCCCUGCAGUCGGUCCCCCUGAACCACCAGGUCCAGCCCCAAGCCCAUCUGGCUCCAGACUCCCCGGCGCCGGCGCAGACCCCGCCCCUGCACGCCCUGCCGGCCCUGAGCCCCGGCCCCCUCCCUCACCCCGCCGUGGGCAGGGGCCCCGUGGACUUCAUCAACAUCGGCACGGACAUGAACACUGAGGUGGACGCCCUGGACCCCAGCAUCGUGGACUUCGCUCUGCAGGGGAACCUGUGGGAGGAGAUGAAGGAGGACGGCUUCAGCCUGGACGCCCUGGGGACCUUCGGAGACUCCCCGCUUGGCUGUGACCUGGGGGCCUCGGGCCUGACCUCCGUGCCUGGCGGCAGUGAGCAGGGCUUCGCAGAUGUGCAGCUGACGGGUCUCUACGCUGCCUACUCCAACCCCGACGGUGUGGCCGCGGCGGGCGCCGCCUCCUCCACGCAGUACCUGGGAGCGCCGGGGAACAAGCCCAUCGCCCUGCUCUGAGCCCUCGGGGCUGGCACUGACCGUAGCAGGGCAUUCCUGGAAGGACCGCCCCCUUGCCUCCCAUGGGCCCCUCCUGGAGUCCUGGCAAGGCUGCAGCCUCUCUCUCUCUCUCUCCAGCCCCUUUUGUGCCUCCCACAGGAAGCUUCUGGAACCUUCCCAAGACAGAAGCACAGGAGAGGGUGGACCAGGCUGCCUGGUCCAGCUCUGUUGAGAAUUUCUCCAGUGCAGCCUCUGGCUGCCAGGCCGCCUCCCCAGGCACCUUGGCGAGCAGCCCAGCUGGGGCACAGGCUAAGGGGCAGAGACAGCCAUCUCGGGCUCCACGGAGGCCAACCUUGAACUUCCCGGUAGACCCCAGCGCGGGCUGAACUCUGGAAGGAGAGCCUGCCUGGGAGGCUGCCGAGCCCGCUUCACAGCCUGUUAGCGUCUUUAGCAUCUCCCGGAGUGGCCUCCUGGGCGUGCUGGGCUCCGUGCCUGCGUGUCCAUUUAUUUAUAUUUAUUGUGUCUCACACACUCCCCCUCCACGGACUCCUCCAUUGCUGCCCCCAUCCCGGCAUCUCCCCAGCACCUAAGCCACCGGCGCCUGGCACCCGUGGUGGGCUCGGGGUGCCCCGGCCAGCCGUGGACGUCUUACUCCAACAAGCACUUUUGAUCCUGGGAAGCUCCCUUUUUUUUUUUUUUUUUUUCAUACCAGAGAGCGCUGUUUUGCUGUCGGUUCAGUCACUGUGCAGACAGGUUCCCUGGGGUUGUGGAGGGGGAGGUGCCAUGGUCUGGGGCUUGAGGGGGGGUCUUUCUAAGGGCAUAUUGGGGUGGCAGUGGGAGGAAAGAGGGGUGCUUCUGGUCCUGGGGUUUCAGACAGUUCCAGAAAGAGAGAAAGCAAAUGGCACGGCGUGGCACUUGCUCGGUGCCAAGGGCAAUGCCGAAUAUUUCCUGGUGGCACUCACUGCGGCCCUUUGGCGACGACUGAUUCCCCAGCGCAGGAUCUGUAGACAGUUGGGCUCAGGGGUCCUUGUCGAUGGGGUGGGGAAGGAGAAGGUAACCAAGGCUUUUUUUUUUUUUUUAAGAUUUAUUUAUUUAUUUGAAAGAGUUAACAGAGAGGCAGAGACAGAGAGAGGGGUCUUCCAUCCGCUGGUUCACUCCUCAAAUGGCUGCAAUGGCUGGAGCUGGGUUGAUCUGAAGCCAGGAGCUUCUUCUUGGCCUCACACGUGGGUACAGGGGCCCAAGGACUUGGGCCAUCUUCUACUGUUUUCCCAGGCCACAGCAAAGAGCUGGAUCGGAAGAGGAGCAGCCGGGACUCGAACCGGCACCCAUAUGGGAUGGCGGCGCUGCAGGUGGCGGCUUUAUCCACCAGGCCACAGCGCUGGCCCUGACAGAGGCUCUUGCAGCAGCAGAAGAACCUGUGACUGUCACAGUGGCCGCGACAUGACCCUUCCUAACCGCCCGAUGCUUGGCCAUGUGCUGGGAGUUCUGGGACCCUAGGGCCAGAACCUUCAGCCUUGUCAGCAGCCAGCCAGCUGCCUGAGGGGCGUGGUGCAGAGCCCUCUCUCCCAGGGCCCUCUUUAAGUCAUCGCUGGUUCUGGAACUUUCUAUGGGGCAUGCAUCCUGUUGAGACACAAAGCCCAGCAGGGCCCAUUUGUGACCUCAGCUCCAUGCGACGAGACUCCAAUGCAGUUUCCGUUGUUGUUGAUGAAGAUUCCACGACUGGUCCACCCCAGGGUUCUCUGCUGUAGUGUUCAAUGUCUGCUCGCAAUAAAGGCUGGACGG